AUGAGCUCUUCCCACCUAAACAACAGAGCUGAGAGCCAUUUCCAAGGACAGGAAGAGCAUGAACUGGAAUCUCUGGGAAAGAAGGCAUGGGACAACCCUGUUUACAAUGGGUCGCCCUCCUCCUCCAUGAAAAUCAGGGCAAUCUACAACCCCAAAUCCAUCCUGGAAAACCCCUACGAGAACAUUGAGAAUUUGACUGGCUCUCUGCCCUACCAAAAGGAGAACAAGCCAGCUGAGGAUAUGAAGAAGAAGCAGAAGAAGAAGAAGAAGCCUUCUCCUGCAUGCUGUGUCUUCCUUUUGAAAGGCCUUCGAGGACUUUGGGGCACCACUCUGACUGAAAACACUGCUGAGAAUCGAGAGCUUUAUGUGAAGACCACAUUACGUGAACUGCUGGUCUAUAUUGUAUUUUUGGUGGAUAUCUGUUUAUUGACCUAUGGGAUGACAAGUUCAAAUGCCUAUUACUAUACCAAAGUGAUGUCCGAACUUUUCUUGGAAACUGCUUCGGACAGUGGUGUCUCUUUCCAGACGAUUGGAAGCAUGGCUGACUUUUGGACAUACACACAAGGUCCUUUAUUGAACAGCUUGUACUGGACCCAAUGGUACAACAACAAACCUCUAGGCCACCCCAUUCAGUCAUAUAUCUACUAUGAGAACUUACUGCUUGGUGUCCCACGACUGCGCCAACUGAAGGUCCAGAACAACUCAUGUGUGGUGCAUGAUGACUUCAAGGAGGACAUAUCUGGUUGCUAUGAUGUAUACAGUGAGGACAAGGAGAACAGGUCCCCUUUUGGACUCUUAAAUGGAACCGCGUGGCAAUAUCACACAGAGGAAGAACUGGACGGCUCUUCUCACUGGGGAAAAUUAACGAGUUACAGUGGAGGAGGGUAUUAUAUAGAUCUCGAAAUGACCCGGAAGGAAAGUGCUGAAGCUCUCCAAGUCUUGAAAGAGAAUUUGUGGCUGGAUAGAGGAACUCGUGUGGUUUUCAUUGAUUUCUCUGUCUAUAAUGCCAACAUUAAUCUCUUCUGUGUGCUCAGGCUGGUGGUAGAAUUCCCAGCCACUGGUGGUGCCAUCCCAUCAUGGCAGAUUCGAACUGUAAAGCUUCUCCGGUAUGUCAGCACUUGGGAUUUCUUCAUUGUUGCAUGUGAGAUCGUCUUCUGUGUCUUCAUCUUCUACUACAUUGUAGAAGAGAUCUUGGAGCUGCGGAUUCACAAGCUUCAGUACUUCAAAAGCAUCUGGAACAUCUUGGAUAUAGUUGUCAUAUUGCUCUCUAUUGUAGCCAUUGGAUUCCACAUCUUUCGUACGAUUGAAGUGAACCGAUUGAUGGGACAGCUACUGAGAAACCCGAGCAUCUAUGCAGACUUUGAGUUUCUGGCUUUUUGGCAGACCCAGUACAACAAUAUGAAUGCUGUGAACUUAUUCUUUGCCUGGAUCAAGAUUUUUAAAUAUAUUAGCUUUAACAAAACGAUGACACAGCUCUCCUCCACAUUAGCCCGCUGUGCCAAGGAUAUCCUGGGCUUUGCCAUCAUGUUCUUCAUUGUCUUUUUCGCCUAUGCGCAACUGGGAUACCUUCUUUUUGGGACACAAGUGGAAAACUUCAGCACCUUCAUUAAAUGCAUCUUUACCCAGUUUCGAAUCAUCCUCGGUGACUUUGACUACAACGCUAUUGACAAUGCCAACAGGAUCUUGGGGCCUAUAUACUUUGUCACCUAUGUCUUCUUUGUCUUCUUUGUGCUGUUGAACAUGUUCCUGGCUAUCAUCAACGACACCUAUUCUGAAGUCAAAGAGGAACUAUCAAACCAAAAGAACGAAUUGCAGCUCUCUGACAUCUUGAAGCAGGGCUAUAACAAGACACUCAUGAAGCUGAAGCUGAAAAAGGACCGGAUCUCUGACGUGCAAAAAGCUUUGCAAAAAGGGACCAAAGAGCUAGAAUUUGAGGAUUUUAAGAACAGCUUGAGAAGGCUUGGUCAUGCUGAGCAUGAGAUCACAGCAGCCUUUGCAAAGUUUGAUGAAGACGGUAACCAGAUUCUUGAUGAGGAGGAGCAGAAGAGGAUGCGAAAUGACUUGGAGGAGAAAAGAAUUGCAUUAAAUGCAGAAAUUGAGAAUCUCGGGAAAUCAUUCAAGAGCAACAGUUUGGAAGACACCCUUGCUUUUGCAGAUGCAAAGAACAAUCAAGUGAACAAAUCUAGCAUGGUGUCUGAAGAAGCAUUCCAAAUACUUCUGCAGCGAGUGCUACAGUUGGAGCAUUCCAUUGGUAGUAUCAUACCCACGACUGAAGCCCUGGUUGUUAAACUGGAGGGUCUGGAAAGAAGCAAUCUAAAGAACAAGGACCCAGUGAUUGAGCAAGAGCAACUCAGCCAAGGAAGCUCAGUCUCACAGAAAACAGGAGGAAGCACCAAGAAGGAAGGUGGAUUAGAAGCAGGAAGUGUUCAGGAGUACAACAUCAAUAUGAAUUCUCUGAGCACCAGCAAUGCUGUCUACCCCAUCCUGCCCAAGAUAGAACUACUGGGCUCUCAGAUCCCCAAGAAUAUCCAGCUGCAAUCUAACCUGAACUUUUAGCCCACAUAUGGGGAAUAACAAUACUGAUCACCAUUCCUGCUCUUUCGCGGCAUAUCAGCUAGUCAGGGCCCAGCCAGGUGUGGCUUUAAUUGUACCUGUGAGGUGACAGAGGGUGUACAACGCGGAUCAGAAGAGCGGAGGAAAAGCACACCCACACACCGUUUUCCUUCCUUCCUCCCUCCCCCAAAAAGUGGCCUGGUUUAUUGUAUUUUAUUUUUUAUUGCAUUUUUUAAAAACAUUUGCAGCAAAAAGUGCUGGCAAAGCUUUGCCAAGGGGUGGACUAAAUCUCUCCUCUUCUCACAGUGAUGCAGCCUGUGGGGUCUCUGUGUCUGCUUUCAACAGAAAAAGCAAUGGAUUUAGUCCCAAACAUGGGAUUCAGUUCCAUGGAGUUACAUCGGGUUUGGCCCCUAGAAGAGGUAUGCAAGCAUCCACCACCAGGUCUGUUCAUUUGGCUGCCUCUGAUCAAUUCUGAUGGAAAAGAAUAAAUAUAGCCUCUGGGCUUUAGAAAUGUUUCAGAACUUGGCACACAUUUUUCAGAACUAGGUACAGGUUUUGCAGCAAGCUUUUUUAUGUUUGAAAUUGAUCCCAUUCCUAGCCGAAUCCCAGGAAGUAGUCUUGAUUCAGAGUUGCCACUUUGGAGGAAAUAAAUGUAACUACUGUCUGUUCUGGAUACUGCAAAAAUAAUGUGUUUGGGAAUAUCAGAGCACCUAGGAAGCUGCCUUAUACCACCAACUCACACAGGUUAUCCCAUCUCGACAUGCUGUAUUCUCAGUUUAGAGGGAAUCGACUGGGUUUCAGGCAAGAUGCUUUCCUAAACCUACUUAGAAAUGAGAAGUGAGAUGUUCUGUAUGCAAAUUAUAUGCUCAAACACUGAGCCACUGCAAUUGAUCAAUACAGCACCUAAAAUUCUAUGUUGACCAAUUAUUAACCAGGCUUAAUCUAGCUUAUCUUCCAGAAGUAAUGUGGCAUGUGGGGGAUGGCAUGGCCAUAUUUCCUACAACUACUUCCAGAAAUAGAUUAAGAGGAUGCAGGUAAGAGGCAAGGAAAUGAAUAAAGUUUGCAUGGGGUGGUAGUUGCCUACCACACAUACACAUGG